GCCACGGGGAGGGGGGGACAGCAGCAGCGCGAGGAGCGGAUCGGGCUGAGCCACAGCUACGGGAGGCGCGACGCGGUAGAGACGAGAUAAGACGACGAGGAGGAGCAGGAGGGAGAGACGAGGUGGAGUGACUGAGAGGAGAUUCCGCCGACGAGGAGGAGGAGGGAGGCGGCGGCGGGAUGUACCGCGCGCUGUACGACUUUCGCUCGGCCGAGGCGAACUCGCUCGCGUUCGCGGCGGGCGAGGCGUUCGUGAUCCUGGAACGCAGCAACCAGUACUGGUGGCUGGCGAGCAAGAGCAGCGGCGACGUGGGAUACGUGCCCGUCACCUACAUCCGCAGGGACGAGACCGAGAACAAGGAUGCGGUCAUCCUGUCCAUUGACCGCGCCAUCGAGGCGAUCCACAACAUUGCCAUGGAGCACAGCGGGAAGUACACGCUCGAGCAGAGGGAGGUGCUGCAGAAGCUGAUCCACCACCGCAAGGAGACGCUCGCCAAGCAGGGCCAGGCCCGCGCGUCCCAGCGGCCGACCAUCCUGACCCCGGCGUCGAGCGAGCACAAGCUGGCCGAGCGAGGGAGCGCACGGGGCUCCGACAGCGGGGGCGGCGGGGCAGGCCCAGGGACCCCCUCCGCCGCCGGGUCCCUGGAGGACGACGAACUCAGCCCCUACCAGGUGCCGCCCCAGCCACGCCGCGCGGCCCCGGUCGUCCCGGCCCAGCCCGAGAAGACGCGCAGCUACCCGCUCGAGAAGCUCACGGACACCAAUCAGAACGGUGGAGUGGCUCGAAAAUCCCAGAAAUCGCAUCCCGCGCCCGCCCCUCCCCCCAGCCCCUCCCGCUCAUCCGCUGCCUCAUCCGCAUCGCCCGCCCCAUCUCCCUGUGCCACCGCAUCCAUUUGCUCGAGCAGUGACGUCAUCUCGAGGGACGCUGCGGACGAGGUGGCUAGGGGCAGAGGAGAACGGGUGGCGCCCGCGUUGGCGCCCGCGCUUAGCGACGGUUCUCGGUGGACCGCGGGGGGGAGCGGCGGUGGCGGUACCGGGCCCGAGCGGCCAUCGGCCGGCGCUCACGCCGUGGUCUCGUUCUCGGUGGGCGGCGAGGCCGUAGAGCGGCGCCUUCCGUCGCCACCGCUCAGAAACUCCGAGUCGCUCCAGGGCGGCCCGGCUAUCCCGGAAGCGCCGACGGAACCGCGCCCGGUCCCGGCGCGGAACGCGGCGGCCUCGCCACCGGUGGGGGACAUUUGGCCCACGCUCUCGGCCUUCGGCGAUUCCUCCUCCUCUUCCCCCCCCUCAUCCUCCUCCUCCGCCCGUGCGGCACCUUCCGGACUGCCUCUCUCGCUGGCGUCGCAGCGGGACUCGCCCAGACCGCCGCCGGCACCUUCAGAGGCGCGGCGUGACAACUCGCGGCUCUUCCCGGGCGUGGCGAGCGCAGGAAACGGCGCCCACCGCGGGCCGGCGGGUUUGCUGGCGGGGCUGGAGACGCGCGAGGCCCCGCCGCCUCCGCUGCCGGCACGGGUGACCGCCGCCGGCGCGGGAGUCUCGAGCUCCACCGGGAGGCGGCCGCACUGGAACCCGCCAAACUUCACGCAGUUAGUUCAGAAGCUGCUGUCGCCCGAGCGCCGGAAAAGGGCAGCCUGCGACGACACACAGGGCAGCUCCCUCGCUGGCUCGUCCAUCGCCCCCCCCUCCACACGCAAUGCCUCCGGCUUCUUCCCCUCGAUCUUCGCCGCCUCCACGGCCGGUGCCCCCGCCUCUCGUGCUCGCUCUCGUGACCGCUCCUUCUCUCUCCCUUCCGACGAUGACGACGGCGCCGCCGCCACUGCCACCGUCGCCGCCUCCCCGCGGCGGGAACCGGAGCGGGCGUCGCAGCGCCACAACGGCACGCUGUUCAGCGAAAUAGCCGGCAGGGACUUCCCGCGCGUGCACGCCAAGGAUGUGCAGAGCUACAAGGCGGCCGAGAGCGACAGCUCCGACGCGUCCGGCCACUCUACCGGGUCGAACUCGUCUCGCGAUGGCAACGAGAAGGUGCCGGCCGACAGCCGGUCGGACGAGAACUCGUGUGGCGACGACGACGACGACGAUGACGGUGGUGGCACCGCCGGUACCGCCGGUGCCGCCGCUCCCGAGCCCACGCCGGAAAACAUGGACGCGGCCGUGGGCCCUGCGGGCGGUGGCAGAGGUGGCGACGCCACGGUGGAGCGGCUGGGCCCCGGUUCGCCGCUCGCUCAGCGCGCAACGCCGGAGGUGGCGGCGGCGAACGGCGCCGAGUCCCCGUUGAGACGGAGAGACGCGCUGCUCCGGCGCCUCGACUCGCCGCUUAAGCGUUCGGAGUCGCUCUUUGACCGCUUGGAUUCGCCGGUCCGGUCGUGCGGUUCCCCCGUGCGCUGCUCCGACUCCCCCGUGCGCUGCGCCGACUCCCCCGUGCGCUUCACCGACUCCCCCGCACGCUGCCACGGUUCCCCCGCUCACCGCCCCGGAGGCUCUCAGGCCCAGCGCCCCGCCUUCCCGGCACAGGCCACCAGCGGCGCCGGAUCCCCGCUGCGCCGCCGCGUGGAGUCCCCCGGUCAGACGACGCCCGCAGCCUCCCCGCCCGUACGCGGUGACACGUCGGUCAACGGCGCGAGCGAGCCGCCGUUGAGAUCCCCCCCCCCGUCCUCCCCGCCAUCGCAGGAGGUAGCACGAGCGCAGGUAGGGCGGCGGUCGCCGGAGCGGGCGGAGCCCUCCGUGGCGCCGUCGAAUAACGGUCGGGCACGGCUGAGCUCCGUGUCGCCCCCCUCGCCGGCAGCGGAGGACGGCGGCGGCGGAGGAGGAGGCAGCACCGGCGCGGUUCCCCGCACCAUGGGCGUGGAGCUGACGGAGCUGGUGCGGCGCAACACGGGGCUGAGCUACGAGCUGUCGCGCGUCGCCAUCGGCACCGUGGUCGGGCACAUCCGCGACACGCUGCCCGACACCGCCGACAUCAUGGAGGACAUCCUCCUGUCGCUGCUCACACAGCAGGCGGAGGAGGAAGAGGAGGAGAAGGCGCCCAGCGAGGCGGACCUGCAGGAGCUGCCGGAGGGGCUGGAGUGUCAGGACGUGACUCGGCUCAACGUGAUCUUCACGGACCUUGCGCGGCACAAGGACGACGCCCAGCAGCGCAGCUGGGCUCUCCACGAGGACGAGGCCGUGAUCUCGAGCUACCUGCAGGAGCUGCUCUCCAUCCUGACGGACGCCAACCCGGACGUGAGCCGCCGCAUGUGCAAGAGGGAUGACUGUGAGCCGGUGCUGUCGCUCGUCAGCUACUACCAGAUGGAGCACCGCGUGUCGCUGCGGCUGCUGCUGCUCAAGGUGUUUGGCGCUAUGUGCAGCCUCGACGCCAACAUCAUCUCGGCGCUGCUCAACUCCGUGCUGCCCAUGGAGCUGGCGCGCGACAUGCAGACCGACACCAAAGAGCACCAGAAGCUGUGCUACUCCACGCUGCUGCUCACCAUGGUGUUCAGCAUGGGGGAGCCGCUGCCGUACCAUCACUACGAUCACCUGAACGAGAGCUUCAUGGGCUUCGUGCUGGACGUGACGGAGAACGGGCUGCCGUCCGACACGAGCGACCAGCUCCCCGACCUCAUGGUCAACCUGCUGCUGGCGUUCAACCUGCACUUCCAGGUUCCCUCCAGCAACGUCAUCAUGGAGACCCUGGCGCGAAGGCUGAACAUCAAGACCUUCAGCGAGAAGCUGCUUCUGCUGCUCAACAGAGGAGAGGACCCGGUGGACAUGUUUGAGCACGCGCCGCGACCGCCGCACUCGGUGCUCAAGUUCCUGCAGGACAUGUUCUGCGAGCGCGAGACGGCCGCCAUCUUCUACCACACGGACAUGCUCGUCAUGAUCGACAUCAUCGUGCGCCAGCUCUCCGACCUCUCCGCUGGCGACAAGAUGCGCAUGGAGUACCUGUCGCUGAUGCUGGCCAUCAUGCGCAGCACCGACUACGUGCAGCACUCGCACCGCGGCGGAGACCUGCGCGCCUGCUUCCGCCGCAUCGCCGCCGAGGAGGGCGGGGAGGGCGACCAGCACUGCCGCAUGGACCGCGACAUCGUGUGCCAGAUCUGCACCGAGUUUCCCGCCUUCGGCGAGAGCGCCUAACGCGCGCGGGAGCGGUGACGCACGCGUGGCAGCCGGAGGGCAGAGGAAACGGUUGGGUUUGGUGUGCGCCGAGGUGCGCCGACGCGUCGUCACGAGCCCAACGAGCGUUGCUGCCAGAUUGCGCUCGUGCAAGGUCAGCCGGGUCUUGCACACCUCCCCCUCCUCCCUCCGCUCCAAUCCACACUAAUCGCAGCUUCUUCACAUCGGCAGUGCCAUCGCUCCUCAUCGAGGAACCUCCCUUUGAAAUAACCAAAUCCUUCUUAGCAGCGUCUGUGUAGUCACCCCACUGCAUUCCCACUCAGCAGAAGCCUCCACCGCAGAAAAACUAAUUAAAACAUAUCCUGGGAUUCUCACGGCUGUAGGGGAGCGCCCACACCCCCCCCCCCAACCUUCCACCGUGCAUUCCUAGCAGUCGUCUCAGGGGCACCGGGCCAGGGUCUCCCUUCUGGCUGUGGGGCAGUGUAAAGUUCGCUGUAGUCCAUGGGCCACAGCAGAAACCGGUACCGGCCAAGGUAGCAGAACCCUCAAGUCGGACGGCUUUAUUCACGUGGGCCAGAUAGCGUGAACAACUUGAUAACAACUUGAUAACCCCCACUCAUUUCAAACGGCUAGCGCAUUAUUCACCAGUAUUGGCUGCAUGGAAAACUUGGAACCGCUAAAGCUGUGCUACCUCGGGUGGUGCCGACGAGUGUCGUAUCUACUCCAGGCUCGUGGGGGCAGUGAGGUGGUGCGAGCGCCGCGGCUCCUCGUGCUGCUUGGUGAGUGAGCGGGCAGCAUCGAUUCAGACGGACGGUGUCAACAAACCCCCCCUGCGCUCGGUACCGUUGGGGUACGUUCGCCUAAAAGUAUUUUGAGCUGUGUGCACUUUCGUUUCGUACCGGGCCGGUCAGUGUUCAGACCAACUGACCUUGGCCGGUAACAAAACCCUCUGUAAAAAAAAAAAAAUAUAUCAUCACGCCCUCCGCCCCUAGUGCUGCGUCAUGUUCCCGCACGUGCGUGUAACGCGCCGCACGUCCCGCUGCCAGGCGAACGGCGAGCGUCCCUCACGCCUGUCGCCGACGCAGAGCCGUGCGAACGUCUAACCGAUGUCGUCGAGGCCAAAACCUCACGGCUUGCGCCACUCUUUGAGCUGCAGCUGUGUCGACGGCGGCCGCCGUUGUUACCCCCCCCCCCCCCCCAGCACGAAGACCCCCUGGCGCCCAGCCGCGUUCCCUGUGCAGGAGGUGUCUGCGCCGCCCUGCGCAAAGCGAUUUUUAUUUGGGAAGGAUUGGCACCUGCACGCGAAGUGAGCUGCUCGCCCACCGUGCGGAGUGCGUUGGCUGUGCCAAAACGGUCUUGAAAAAUACUGCCGCAGGCCAAAUGUGUUUGGGGUUUACGGGCCGACUGGGUGGGACGGUAGCCAUGCAUGGGGGAGUAAAGGCGACUGAGGGUUAGGGUUCCCGUUUGGCUGCGGCACUGUGCUUCAGAGCGACGGUGACGAGCGCCACAACUCCCGCGUGGGCCUCAUGGGGAAUGGGAUUCCCCUGAGGAUGCGGUAUUUUCACUUCCUGUUUAUGUACAUAGAGUCCCAGCGCUGCACGACUCCGUGCCAAACAGAGCGCGUUGCAUGCUGCAUGCAGUGUCCGUUCCUCCUCCCCCCUCGUGGCGUGAUAGACAUUGAGGCCAAGUGCAUCCCUCGACUUCGCAGCAACGCUUGCUUGGCACAGCGGUUUUGCGCAAAAACUGAGCGAUAACAUUUAAAACCGUACCACUACACACGAGCACCGUUGUGCCAAAUGUUCAGGAUGCUUUGUUGAAAAAUGCAAAGACGAUCGCAAGAGUGUAUAUGUUCUGUAAUGAAAAUAAACAGUUGGCUUUAAA